UGAGAAAUGAAAAAUAUCCUUGGAGAUUUCCGCACACAAAUCGAACAAAUUAUACAUACCACCAAAAACAAAAUUGACAUGAUGGGAGCUAAAUUACAAUUACAAAUGCAAAAGAUCGAUGAUGAUGUACUACAAUUGAGAAAUAACUUCAAUCAGACAAAGGAAGAAAUAAAAAGAAUUGAUUUUAGUCAGGAAAUCAGCAAGAAAAGAAUCAAGGAACUCGAAAUCAGACGAAAUAUCACUGAGCAAUUAGCACUAGAAAAUCAGAUCAUGAUGAUGAAUUUGGCACCUACAAUCUCAAAAGAAAAGCUUAUUCAAGGCAUGAAUGCAUGGACCAACAAAAUAACUAAGAGUAACAGCAUCAAAAGAAUCAAUCUUGUUACUAAAGAGAACAAAUCAACAGUUGCAGAUUAUUUGGUUUAA